UGGCAGUUACAGCUGCUCUGGAAGCGGAGGCUAUGCCUCGUAGGAGCCGCCAACGCUGGGACGGAGUAGUCUGAGAGGCGAAGUGCGGUCCUUUUGCCUACAUUUACAAUAUUCUCCAGGCAGCCGAGCACGGCAGACCAGGCAGCCAGAGCAGAGGCAGUCGACGGCUCGCGCCUCCUCCUGCUCUCGCGGAUUCGCGCCCCUGACUCUCCCUCCUCGUGAGAAAUGACCGGAGAGAAGAUCCGCUCGCUGCGCAAGGACCACCGGCCGAGCAAGGAGCACGACCUGCUGGAGCCGGACGAGGAAGCGGCCGCGGGGACUUUCACGUCCUCCGGCGGCAGGACUAGUAAAGGCAAAAGCAAUAAGAUCUUCAGCAAUCACAAACUGAUCCGCUCGCCGUCGAGCCCGCAGCAGAGCCCGCCGCUCAACGCGAACACUAAGACGGCAGCGGGCGCGCUCGACGACGACAACAAGAAUCCGGUGGUCGCCAACUGCGCCGCUUUCUACCCGGUGCACGAGUGUGUUUUCAAAGGGGACGUGCGCCGCCUGUCCUCCUUAAUCCGAACUCAGAACAUCGCCCAGAAGGAUGUGCACGGAAACACCCCUCUUCACCUUGCUGUUAUGAUGGGCCACAAAGAGUGUGCCCAUUUGCUCCUCGCCCACAACGCUCCCGUCAAAGUGAAAAACGCUCAGGGAUGGAGUCCGCUGGCCGAAGCCAUCAGCUAUGGAGAUCGGCAGAUGAUCACAGCCCUGCUAAGGAAACUGAAGCAGCAGUCCAGAGAAAGCGUGGAAGACAAGAGACCUCGACUCCUGAAAGCUCUUAAAGAGUUGGGAGAUUUUUACUUGGAGCUCCACUGGGACUUUCAAAGCUGGGUGCCUUUGCUUUCCCGAAUUCUGCCUUCUGAUGCAUGUAAGAUCUACAAACAGGGGAUCAACAUCAGGCUGGACACCACACUUUUAGACUUCACAGACAUGAAGUGCCAGCGUGGGGACCUCAGUUUCAUCUUCAAUGGAGACGCUGCACCCUCCGAGUCCUUUGUGGUCCUUGAUAAUGAGCAGAAGGUCUAUCAGAGAAUACACCAUGAGGAAUCUGAGAUGGAGACAGAAGAAGAGGUGGACAUUUUGAUGAGCAGUGAUAUUUAUUCAGCAACCCUCUCCACCAAAUCAAUAACCUUUUCCCGAGCCCAAACCGGCUGGCUCUUUAGAGAGGACAAGACGGAGAGAGUAGGGAACUUCCUUGCAGAUUUCUACUCUGUUAACGGUCUAGUGCUGGAGUCCAGGAAGCGGCGGGAGCACCUGAGUGAAGAGGACAUCCUGAGGAACAAGGCCAUCAUGGAAAGCCUAAGCAAAGGGGGGAACCUCAUUGAGCAAAAUUUUGAGCCGGUGAGGCGACAGUCUCUUACAGCACCUUCACCCAACACCAUCUCCUGGGAAGAGUACAUCAAUGCAGAAAACGGCAAGGCUCCCCAUCUAGGGCGGGAGCUGGUAUGCAAAGAAAGCAAGAAAAGCUUCAAAGCAACUGUGGCCAUGAGCCAAGACUUUCCUCUUGGCAUUGAGUCGUUAUUAAAUGUGUUAGAAGUCAUUGCACCCUUCAAGCACUUCAACAAACUCAGAGAAUUUGUUCAGAUGAAACUCCCGCCUGGUUUUCCGGUCAAGUUAGAUAUCCCCGUGUUUCCAACUAUCACAGCAACUGUGACAUUUCAGGAGUUUCGCUACGAUGAAUUUGAAGAGUCCAUUUUCACCAUCCCUAAUGACUACAAGGAGGACCCGAGCCGCUUCCCAGACCUUUAACUUUCUUCUGAGUAGCAUCUGGGGCCUCCCGUUCAAAAGUAUGGAACUGUACACAGAGGCAGCCAUCGGUAGGCCAUUGGGAUAAGCAAAAUGCUCUUAGUGAUGUUCAUAAAGGGAUUGUGCUGAAAUGACCUGGACUGUGGCACUGAAUUUGUGUAAGAUUUCUUACAUGGUAAAGAAUACUAUGUCUGUCUGGCUUUUAAGGUUAUAUGUACUUGGGAGCUUGAAGAAGCUUCUUCGAGUUUGUGACACAUGCACUACUUAAAGUAAGCACUUUUCUGUGCCAGUUUUUACUCUUUGGUACGUACUUUCAGAAAAGUUAGACAUACGAUCAUUGAAAAAAUUUCACGUCUUGACAAUACUCAACAGGUGUGCGUGUGCGCAUUAGUGCGC